AUGCUAAUGGAAACUCCCUUCCAGAGUCAACUCGACCCCCUCCCCAGCGAUUUGCCCUUUCGAAUUAUAUCGAAAACCAUUGGGAGAGGGGCAUAUGCAUCAAUAAAAAAAGCCAUUCCUCCCACGGAUACAUCUCCCGUCUUUGCAGUCAAGUUCAUCCAUAAAGCCUACGCAGUCAAACAUGGACGGAUAUCCGCAAAGCAGAUUGCUAUGGAAGUGUCCCUCCACUCCCACAUUGGGCAACAUCCAAACAUUAUAGAGUGGUUUGCUACAGGCGAAGAUCCUAUAUGGAAAUGGAUAGCAAUGGAGUAUGCGGAAGGCGGGGACCUAUUCGACAAAAUCGAGGCAGAUGUAGGAGUCAGCGAGGAUAUUGCACACUUCUACUUCACACAAUUGAUUAGUGGGGUCAACUACAUGCAUUCAAAAGGCGUGGGGCAUAGAGAUAUCAAGCCGGAGAACAUAUUACUUUCAGACAGUGGGAAUCUGAAGAUUGCAGAUUUUGGGUUGGCUACGCUCUUCGAGUACCAGGGCAACACAAAACUCAGCACAACCAUGUGUGGAAGUCCUCCCUAUAUAGCACCGGAAGUCAUCACCUGUUCAAGAAGCACGCAGUCAAGGAAUGCACCAAAGGCCUCUGGUUAUUCAGCAAAUCAAGUUGAUAUAUGGUCUUGUGGGGUGGUUCUUUUCGUCUUGUUAGUAGGCAAUACGCCUUGGGAUGAACCUACAUUAGCGAGCUGGGAGUUCGAAGAAUACACCGGGAAGAAAGGCCGGAGUACAGACGAUUUAUGGCAGAAGCUUCCUGCUCCAAUCUUAUCACUACUACGAGGAAUGAUGAACGUGGAUACCCAGCAACGCUUUGGAUUCGAGCAAAUCAAGCUGCAUCCCUGGUACACACGAAGGAAUCCUCUAUUAACCUCAGACGGGAAGAUGACGGAUCCCCUAGGUCUAGCAACGCAAAUGCUAGAAGGCCUCCGCAUCGACUUCAGCCAACAACCAACAGCCUCCCAGCGACCGCGCCAGAGCCAAGAUGCAAUGGACAUCGACAUAAAACCGCGCUUCUCAUUCACGCAACCCGAAACCCCCAUCAAUGACGUACUGUUCGAUUGGGAGCGUCCGCCCCGCGCAAACGCCACAACUUUCUCCUCAAGCCAGCCCACGCACCUUCACCACGGCGGAAUCGCAACCAUGACAAACGGCCUAGCAGAGCACCCAUUCGAAUCACUAGCUGAUGAGCCUAGUAUGAGCCAAUUCACGCCUGCGCCAUCAGUACCGCUGAGUCUAACGCAACACGCGCGGAGAUUCAGAGAUAUCGUGCCGAACUACUCGCUCACGCGCUUCUUCUCGCAUCUCUCCUCCCAUCUCCUUUUACAGCUAUUAAGCGACGCCAUGCACCAGCUCAACGUGCCCAUUCCGCCUGUAUCGCAGAUGCAAGGCCGACAUCACGCGGGCUGGAUCAAAGUCAAGACUGUGGAUGGGCGGCAUUGCAGUCUAAGCGGUGAUAUUGUCGUUGAUACGUAUAUCUCGGGCGAGGCCGAACUGCUUGAGGUGAGAUUUGUGAAGGUCAAGGGCGACCCGCUGGAAUGGAGAAGGUUUUUCAAGAAUGUCGUUGUGCUGUGUAAAGAUGGUGUUUAUGUUCCUGCGUAG